AUGGACCGGGCCAGGCUCGAGAGCUGGGUCCGGGCGCUCGCCCAGGGAUGGGGCCCCGACGGCCCAGGCCGCUACCAGCGCCGCACCAAAGACGACCUCAUCGACAAGAUUGACCUCGACAUGCUGGCCGACGACGGUGCUGCCUCCGAAGAGGAGGAGGAGAAAAAGGCCGUGGUGCCUCGCAAGACGCCCAAGCAGAGGAAGAGGCGCACAAAAGCCCCCACUCCCAAGGACAAGGAGGAGGAGGAGAUGGCACACAAGACGCCCAAGCAGAGGAGGCGCGCCAAAGCCUCGCUCCUGGACUCCGAGGAGGAGGAGGAGGAGCAGAAACUCAGCAGCCAGAACAACAAGGAUGAGAGCGGCACUGCCCUGUCUGGGAGGCGCGAGCGCAAGAAGAGCAAGUAUCUCUCACCGCCCUACACCAACAUCGGCGUGUUUGCUCUCGAGGACAAGUCCCCAGAUGAUUCGCCAAAGAAGUCGCCGCCCGCCAGAGCUGCUAACAAGGAUGAGAGGAAGAAUAACAAGGCGUCACCAGAGGAGAAGCAGCAGCACAAGAAGAAGACCAAGGUGGUGCCGCCGCCGCUUCCGCUGGACAAUGUCAAUGCUCAGGAGGUCCUGCUGCUGCUGCGCUGCUUCGGGGAGGACGUCUCUCACAAGAGGCACUUCCCCAAGGCCGCUGAGGACUUCCUUGGCCUGCUCAGGAGCUCCGUGUUCGCCGAGGGUGCUCACCAUGACUCCUACAAGGACCAUGAAUGCCCGGUGGCCAAGAAUGCUGUUGAGAAAGCUGCUGCUGCUGCAGAUGUCCUGGUUUCAGAUUCAGCUGCUACUCCGAAACAAGGCAAGGGUAAGCGUGGUAGAAAGAAGAAGGAUCAGGAUGGCAGUGCCGAUUCUUCUUCUAUCAAGAAGAAGAAGAAGAAGAAGACGGCCGCUCUUGACUGUGCAGCGGAGGAUGCUUCUGAGGAGAAUAAGAAAGCGGAGGAUGCUUCUGAGGAGAAUAAGAAAGAGGAGAAUGUUUCUGAGAAAAAGAAGAGGGGCAGAAGGAAGAAGGAGCAGGAUGGAACCUCCCCAAAAGGCUCUGCUAUCAAGAGGAAGAAGAUGGACAAAACCUCCCCAAAAGCAACUCUUGGGCCUGCCUCCGGCUCUGGCUUGGUUAUCACGCCCGCUAUUCCUAUCAGGCAGGUGAGUGCUCAAGAUAUCAUGGGCCAAGUCAAACCAGGAGCUGGGGUUCCUGAUCCCAUGAUGAAGAACAACUUGUUGGUGUCCAAGAGCCCGAUUUCAGCCAUAAUGUCUGGAGGAGUAAAAUCUGGAGAGGAGCAGGACCAAGGAGACACUGGAUCAGUUGUGAAUGCUUCAUCUGACCAAUCUGCCAAAAACAAUGAGGAGGAAGCAACAAAGCCAGAAACUGAUAUGAAUGUGGAUACUCUUGACAGAGAUGUGCCUGUGGGAAGUGGUGCCCAGACUGAAGUUACCACGCCUAUGAAUGUGGAUAUGAAUGUGGAUACUCUUAGCGGAGAUGUUGCCCUGGCUGAAGUGACGAUGCCUGAAGCGACAAAGCCUGAAACUGGUGGUAUUCAGGUAGACAUGAAUGUGGAAUGCAUUGGUGUUGUAGAUGUGCCUGUCACAAGUGUCCAGAUGGAAGCAAUGGAGCUGGAAGCUAGUAUUCCUGUAGUGGAUAUAAAUGAACAAAUUGCGGCCGUGGAAGAUGUGCCUGCUACAAGUGGCUGGCUUCCACCUAUGCAUGGAGAUGUCAUAUCCCAGCCCGCCCAUGGAAACAAAGACAAUGCAAGUGUGCAAGGGCGUGCAGUCCAAGAAUCCUACACAUCUCUGAUUAAGGCGAUGGUGCCGGAUAUGUACAAGAAAGUGGAGGAGGUUGCUGCUGGAACAGGUGUCGUCGCGGCGCCUCAAGAUGAGGCUCAAAAGGUUGAAGAGACUAGCCAGAUGAAGGCAGUUGCUGAUGGAGCUAGCCAUUCUUCUCCUGCAAAAGGCACUAGUAGUGGUGCUACCAAUGGGAGCCCCUGCCCUGAUGCGCCCAACUCUGCCCAGAAGAGGAGAAACAAGAAGCCUGCAGCAGCAUACUUUGCCAACCCAGCAGAGCUCCGGGUGAAAUUCUUGGACGGCACCAUGGUCCCCACCAAGGAGGAGCUGCUCUCGGAGUUCCGCAGGUUUGGCGUCCUGGUGGAGUCGGAGUGCGACAUAUCAGAAGAGCGCCGCGACGCGCGCGUGGUGUUUGGGAAGAGCACCGAGGCGGAGGCGGCCUACACCAAGGCGGAGAUCCCAGGCAUCUUUGGCCAGUUCGGGCCCCCCUGGGCCACCCUGGGGCUCAACUACCUGGAGGCGAUCACGCUUGCACCUGCCCGUCCUGCCAAGCCCCCGCUGGCUCGUGCUGACAUGAGGAAGAACGUGGAGAACAUGAUCUCGUCCCUGAAGAACGGGGGGCGAUCUUUGCCGCUCAACGUCGGAGCGGCCGCUCCCGCUGGAGGAGCGGCGCCCGUGUCGGCGGGCCUCCUUGCUGAGAUGCAGCGGCUCCUGUCCAAGCUUGACAAGCCGCAGCCGGCCCCUGGGCCUUCGGGCUCGGCUCCUCCGCCGUCGUCGUAG